UUUUCCACAGAGCUGCACGCUGGCCAACGGUUCCCUGGCACCGGACGGUACCGAGAAUCUCUCGUGGAAUGUUUGGUUUUUCUUCACCGCUCAGCUACUGUUGGGUGCGGGCGCAUCGCCGCUGUACACCCUCGGGGUCACCUACAUCGACGAGAACGUCUCCAAGAAGAUGUCAUCUGUUUAUUUAGGCAUCUACUACACGAUGGCCGUCGUUGGUCCAGCUGCCGGUUAUGUUAUUGGCGGCCAGCUAUUGCUCUUCUACACCGAUAUGUUCGUAGUGGAUUCCUCAACCCUGGGACUAACGCCGCACAGCAAGGUGUGGGUCGGUGCCUGGUGGAUUGGAUUCGUUUUUAUGGCUGCCUUCUGUCUGCUGCUGGCGAUACCGAUACUGGCGUACCCCCGCGCACUGCCCGGUUCGGAAAAGUUGGAAAAAGUGUCUGAGGCGCACCGGGGCGACACCGACAAGCAAAAGCAACCGUUCACCAAAAUCAAGGAAAUCCCCAAAGCGCUGGCGGCGCUGCUCAAGAACCCCACGUUCUUCUUUCUGAAUCUGGCUGGUGCUUCCGAGGGACUGGUCAUAUCGGGCUUUGCGGUCUUUCUGCCGAAGCUGAUCGAAAAUCAGUUCAGUGUGACGGCCGUGUGGUCGGCGCUACUAAUGGGUAAGUUAAGAAUAGAACUGGGAAUGGUUUUGGUUUAAUUUAAACUAACUUUA